GGCGGAAUAUUUAAGAAAGAGGGAAAGGAGAGAAGUGAAAGCCCGGAAUUUCAGUCGCUUUGGCGCGAAUUUUGCAAAGCCCAUCUUCCUCAAGCUUGGAGAAGUUAACGACUGCCAUAGCUUCUCCUCUCAAGCGCGUUUAAGAAGACGGAAUUACUAAUAGAUUUGAGAAAUGAAGUUUAAGGCAUUUCUGACGGAUAAUGGUGUAAAUCUCCUUGAGAAGAGGUUUCUACCUGCCCUAGAUAAGAUGGGGAAGAUAUGCCAUCUCUAUUUGACUAGAGAUUAUGUUAUCUUCUUGCAUAACCUUCUUAACGGUGAUGGAAUUCAAUCAAUUGCUCAGUUUCGUAAAGAAGCUUUGUUUGAUGAUUAUCGAAUUUCCAGCCAGAAUGAUGAUCGUAUUGCGUUUACUGUAGAUAUUUCCCUUCUCCACCGCGCAGUUCGUAGUAGUGUUAGUAUUUGUUCUGAGUUUGGUAAUGGUCCAACGGCAAAUCGUCUUCAAAUUAAGUUGGUGAAGAAGUUGCCUUUGAAUUGCACCCAACCUAUGCCUUUCCUUACAUUUGAGACUAAAGGGUAUAAGUCUGCUGUUAUUCAGGAUGUGCCGAUCUCGAAGCCCAUGUCGAGAGCUCAAGUUCUUGAACUUCAAACUGCUCUAGAUAUGGCACAAGAUUUGCCUCAGACGCUUGUGCAGGUUCCUGAUCUUAACCAGUUGCAGAACUUUGUGGAUCGGAUGAAGAAUGUUGGGGAUUUGUUGAAUGUCUCCAUAAGCAAGUAUGGAGAUUUACAUGUGCAGAUUUCGACAGGGUUGAUUACUCUUGGUGCUGAGUAUCGAAAAUUAUUCGUCAUAGGGGAACAAGCAAGAGCUCCAGCUGAAGAUCAAAAUCUAAGUGCUCAGACUAGAUCAACCAGGGCGAUAUUGAGGGGAGAUGCUCAAUCUGUACAGGUGAGUGUGAAGCACUUUGCUAAGAGUCUUCAGUAUCAUUUGGCCAAGCCAGAUUGCACUUUCUAUGGCAUUGCUCCACAGGGUGCUUGCUUGACCGUGAUAUUUCAGUUCUUCAUUCCUGGCUCUCGGCAAACUGAUAAAUCAAUCAGUCUACAUUGUCGGCUUCCUGUACUUGAUCCCGGAACAAGUUAAAUUGUGAUUGCCUUCUCGCAUGUUGGCUAUCAAUUUUAGAGCAACAGUCAAGUGGAAUUUGGCUGAAGUAUUGAAGUGUAUUGGUCAUGUUUUCAGGUGGAAUUGUGGAAAUAUGAGUUUUUUUUUCUUAUUUUGCUUCUUGAAUACAAAUGCUCAUGUCAAGUACCUGUGGAUUUAGAUCUCAGUAAACAGCUAGAAAUUUCUGGUCUUGGGUCAUUGUCUCUGGUUGAACAUCAAUCUUUUUGGUUUGAGGAUGAGAUCAGUCCCUAGGUAUGAAUUCGUGAACUGUGCCAUUCAUAUCUAUCAAACUGCAAACAGGUGUUUUGUCCA